AUGCAAACAUUCACCAGUCAUACAAUUAGGGUUUCUCAGAUAAAACAAUCCAAUGGAGAUACCACCACUACUACCACCUCUACUAAUAAUAAUGUGGAAGUUAAAGAGGAUGAAGAGAAAGCAGUGUGUAGAAUAUGCUAUGAUGUUUGUGAAGAAAGAAAUACCAUAAAUAUGGGAUGUAGUUGUAAAGGCGAUGUUGGAUUUAUACACGAAGAAUGCGCUGUUAGAUGGUUCAAGUUUAAAGGUAACAGGAAAUGCGAUGUUUGUGCCAAAGACGUUUCCCACUCAACCAUAACAAGUUUGCCGCCGCCAUUGCCUCAGACACUACCACCACCAUCAUCGCCACUCAGCUCGUGGAAGGUGUUUCUCAUACUUGUGGUGAUUAAUACAAUAGCCUAUUUCUUCUUCAUAAUUCUAAUUGGUUGUAGGAAGUGGAUAGCUAAAACACUCAUAAUUCUUGCACCUUCUUUUGUAUUGGCUAUUUUAGCAUCACUUUUUGCUGUAUUUAUAGGGAAGGAGUGUACAUGGCUAUAUGCAUUUGCAGAAUUUGCAUUCUUUGUUCAAUUUUUCGUAAAGUUCUACUUCAGCGUAAGUGUUUUACGUUUAUCUUCUUUUUGUAAAGAAUGGACUCGUCGUUUAACUUGUCUCUCUGUACAACAGCUUCAUUGCAAUCUGAUAUAUCUUAUAAUGAUGUCAUCCGGUCUGGGCUUUGGAAUCACAAUGAUCAUCAAUUUCCUAUUAGUUCAAUGUUCGACAAGGCCAUUUCUAGUUUCUGGAGAAGCAUGA